GUAUUCAGUACGUCAUUGUUGUGCGUCUUGACAAGAGAGCAUUCGUCUUUUCCACAUACUAGCUUCAAACAUGGCACCGUUAAAACAGAACUCAAAAAGUCAAGGUCCGUUUAGAGGAAAACACUUCAAUAGCAAAUUUUCACAUGGGGGUUUAUCACACAACGCCAAAAGAAAAAGAAAAUGGGUUCAGGAGAACAAAGUUUUUGAUGGUAGUUUAAAAGAGGGUCAGGGGUUUGCCUUCAAAAGGAAGGAGAAAGUAAGGCAUGAAUACAACAAACUUCUUCGAAAGGAGAGGAAGAAAAAUCAAGCAUCAAAAGUCCAGUUAGAGGAGAAAUAUCCCGAGCAUCUGAGACAUCUGUACCUGGCUGAAAAAGAACGAUUAGAUGAAGAAGAGCAGGAGAAAAAGAAGAAAAGAUGUGAAGGGAGAGCACUGGAUAAAGAGACAGAGGCAGAUGAUGAACUAAACAUGGGGUCGGAUUCUUUACAUUCUCCUGAGAAACACAUCUUAAACACAACGACUGACCAAACUACCACCCCUGAUUCAUCUAAUAAACCAGCACAGUCUGACAGCUCCCACAAGGCCCCGUUCAUCCAAAGGAAGCAUAAAAUGUCUUCGUAUCAAAAGACAAAGCAAGAAUAUGAGAAAAUGAAGGAGGAACGUGCACGAAAAAAAGAGGAAUUCUUGAAAGACAAAUCUCAGCGUGAGGAGGCUCUGAAGAAAUACAAGGAAAAGAAAAUGGCAACAUAUCAGCUGUUGAAGAGAAAAACCAAGAAGGGUCAGCCCAACCUCAACCUGCAGAUGGAGCUGUUGCUGCAAAAGAUUCAAGCUCAGCGCAAAUAAUUCAGCAUCAGACUUAAAACUGUUUCAAGUUGUUUAAAGUAAAAAUGCA